AUGCGCCCUUGUGCAGUCUUCAAUCUUGCAACUGAGUACUUAGGCUUCAAGAUCUUUGUCACUUUUUGUAUUCUCCUACUCUCAGCACAACUUUACUUGAUCCCCCAUUCGCGGACAGACAAUCCAAAUCAUAGCACUAUCGGUACAAAACAAUCACAUCGAGUAUCCAGCUUUGUCUCGCACGGUGACACGCAAUGCCUGCCCGAGAUUAGCCACCAACUUAUUCAUGAUUCCACUACGAAGCAUGUGGUGUGCAGGAAGCAUUCCCCUUUUACGACACGACGAAUGCGCAUUGGUUUAGCUACUGCGCACUUUGGAGAACAGCAGAAUCAUUACCAGAACGCGUUGGAGUCGCAUCUUCUCCAUAGUCUGAUUUAUGGCACUGAGGUUCAUGUCAUGUGCGAUCCGAUCGUGGAUGACCUUUGGAAUAAACCUGCCUUCCUCCUCGACCUGCUUAUGGAUGAAAUGAUAAAGCCAGAGUCCAAGCGGCUAGAAUGGAUAAUGUGGGUUGACCGCGACACUUUGAUCUUGGACCAGUGCCGUCCAAUAUCGAGCUUCUUGCCUCCGGAUCUCCCAGGCCUUGGUGGACGGUGGAACCGCUCAAAAGAUUCCAAUAAGAACAAGAGAAACACAACAAACCUUCUUGUCAACAACGACCUGAAUGGCUUGAACAAUGGCGUUUUCUUGCUUCGGGUGUGCAGGUGGGCUGUCGAACUUUUCACUGCCAUCCUUGCAUUCCGCCAUUACAAUCCAGGCGUCCAACUAACGUUUACUGAGCAAAGCGCUAUGGAGAUAGUCAUCAACAGGCAGGACUUUAAGGACCAAGUACAAUUCGUGCCGCAGUAUUGGUUCAAUGGCUACUCAAACGGCAGUCCUCAACAAUUCAAGGACCGUAAAGAUGAUGACGGGCUAAGAGAAGAAGAUGUGAGACGUGGCGACUAUCUGGUGCAUUUCGCAGGUGUUGAGAAAAAGGAUGAGGUAAUUAGUGGUUGGGUGAGUGUUCUAAGGGAACUUCCUGAUAUAUGGGAGUCUAGAACUAUACAGAGAGAUAUUUCCAUUAAAAUUGAAGAAUUUUGGGAACAGCUAGGAUAUUAG